AUGAAGUACCCUCUGGUGCCGCUGGUGAACGACCUCACGUUCUCUUUCCUGGUGUUCUGGCUCGGCCUGCCCGUGGCCUUGCUGUUGUUCUUAUUGAUCGUCUGGUUUCGCUUCUUACUUAGCCAAGAUUCAGAGGAAAAUGAGUCGGAUUUGUGCUUUGACUGGGAGCCAUGGAGCAAAGGCCCAGCCGAGUGGGACAGUACACUCCAGAGCCAAGAGGAGGAGAGGCCCGGCCAGUGAGCCUGUUCUGCCAGACCCAACCUGCCAGUUGCUCCCAGCUUGGUUUUCCUGGAGUCCGCUGGGCAGUGGCAAUGGCCCAAGUGGAUGGGAGAGACUCGCCAAGGAGGGGAGAGGACUUCAGCGACUGAGGCGCUUUUCUGGGACGCCCACC